UUAACCCUGAAAUCAUCUCAAGACAAUUAUAUAUGGAUGAAGUUCUUGGCCAACGCAGGGAGGUUGCAAUGUCACAGAGCCUUUUCAGUGCGGUGUUAUCGCUUUUGGUUGGAAUGAUUAUCUGGGAAGCUGAAGACCCUUGCAUGCCCCUUGUGGUGGCCCUCUUCACGGUUGUUGGCAUGUCCUUGAAGAGUGUAGUCGAGCUUUUCUCCACCAUAAAGAUCAAACCUGCUUCUGAUGCAGUUGCUCUCUUAAGCUUCAAUUGGUUCGUACUGGGCAUGCUUACCUACCCGGCACUGCCAAGAGUUGCCAGAAUGUUGGCUCCAAUGUCUUUGCGGGUUGUGGACAAACUUGUUAGCUCGCUUUGAUCUUUCCUUUCUCUAGUUUAGAACU